UUGGGGAACUACUGCUUUAUAAAGAUGGACCUACAGCACAUACCUGGGCGAAAGCAGAGGCAACAAAAGCAAGUAACGUUGCAUCUUGGUAGAACCAUGCUGCUCUGCAAGUAGGGGAGAUGAGAGCGAUUCUGCAAGAAAUAAUCACAAGUGCAGCGCUGCAAAUGGACAAGAAGAAGUCAGACUUUAUAGCUGGGCACCUGACCUAUCCUUUACUGGCUGUGUCCCUGCUUUCUUCAUUCGGGUCUUCUAUGCUGUAUGGCUACAAUUUAGCAGUGGUCAACUCCCCCUCUGUGUACAUCAAAGCAUUUUACAAUGCCACCUGGUACCAAAGAUACGGGCAGCCUCUUGCGCAAAGCCCACUAACUAUUUUAUAUUCCUUGACGGUGUCUGUGUUUGCGCUCGGCGGAUUGCUGGGAUCUCUCCUUGUUGGAAUUCUGGUCUCUAGGUUUGGAAGGAAAGGAACUGUAAUAAAAAGCUCCCCUCUGGUGUUCAUAGCCGCUGUCUUUAUGGGAUUCAGUCGGAUUCUAUCAUCUCCAGAGAUGGUGAUCAUUGGACGAUUUAUCACAGGCAUUCACUCAGGCAUAUCCCUUAGUGUGGUUCCCAUGUAUUUGGGAGAAAUUUCCCCAAAGAAUUUACGUGGUUUCUUGGGACUGAUGCCAAGUAUCUUCAUCUGCCUUGGAGUGUUUGUUGCGCAGGUGCUCGGCCUGCCGGAGCUGCUGGGUCAGGAUGAGACGUGGCCCCUGUUUCUUGCCUUGAUUGUGGUACCUACCAUAGUGCAGGUCUCAGUCUUGCCUUUUUUUCCGGAAAGCCCCCGUUAUCUUCUCAUUGACAAGGGCAAUGUGCAUGCCACGAUAAAUGCUUUACGAUGUUUCGGGGGUAAAUACGAUGUGCAAGAUGUCAUUGAGGAGAUGCAGGAAGAGCAGCAGUCCCUAACUUCUGUAACCACUGUCUCUGUGUACCAAUUGUUACUAGACCGCACCCUGUUUUGGCAGACCAUGUCUGUCAUUGUGAUCAAUAUGGGCAUGCAGCUUUCUGGGAUUGAUGCGAUCUGGUUCUACACCAACUCCAUAUUUGAGAAUGCUGGCGUUCCUUUGGAUGAGAUCCCAUACACAACAGUGGGAACUGGUGCAAUUGAGAUAAUUGCAGGUCUAGUUGGGUGUUUUACGGUUGAAAAGCUGGGAAGGCGCCCUCUUAUGAUUGGUGGAUUUGGUUUCAUGGGGUUGUGCUGCGCUGGAAUUACUGUAGCGCUUGUUUUUCAGGCAAGGUAUCCUUGGAUGCGGUAUGGCAGUGUUGUCUGUGUAAUUGGAAUAAUAGCUGGUUUCUGUAUAGGACCUGCUGGCCUUCCAUUUAUAAUGACGGGAGAGCUCUUCAAGCAGUCUCAUCGCCCUGCAGCAUAUAUUAUAGGAGGAUCACUGAACUGGUUAUCAAACUUUACCGUUGGCUUUGUGUUCCCAUUCCUCCAGAUGUCCGCGGGAGCGUUCUCCUACUUGGUGUUUUGCGGGGUGUGUGUGUUUGUAGCAGUCUAUGUUUACUUUGUCAUCCCAGAAACAAAGAAUAAAACUUUUAUGGAAAUUAGUGAAAUGUUUUUGCCACGAAAAGUAUUAACCACUUCAGUGUUAUCCAUAGAGGACGUGAAACUGAGGAAAAUGAAUGGCUACGGGGCACUAGAAAGCAGCUCUUUGGAAUUCUCCUCGUCUUGAAAAUAAUUGAUGUAGACUCUGCCCAGUAGAAGAUGUGACAUUCCCUGUGGUAAAACAGGUGGUUCUUGAAUCCAAGCAAAGGACAGAAACAGUCUCUGGAAUCAAUACAGGGUUAAAAGUCAAACUUUGACUUUUAAUAAAAGCAGUAUUUAUGCCUAAUAAGUAUUAUAUUGGACUUAAACUUAAUCUACAAAUAAAUAUCAUUUGACCUUUUA